GUCUCGUCUCGCCUCUUUCUCCAAUUCUCUCAUCAUGGCCGCAAACUUGAUGUUCAAAGCGAAAGCUCGUUUGCCUUGAACCAUGGCCCAUGGUGUCAGGCUGCCUUCUCUCAAUAAGUCUGUUUACCGUGUGUAACCCAGUCGAUUAGAGGUCUUUCAGCGUUUUGUUAUAUUCCUUAAUGUUGGUCAUCAUGGCUGCUCCGGUGUCCCAGAAAGUAUUUAAAGCCAUGCAAACUAUUGACACUACAGCUCUCAGUGAAUGUUCAGAUUCUGAACUGCGUCCUGUGUUACCGGGUUUGGUUAGAUUGGCUCUCUGCGCACCGCUUGAUGAUAGCGAAAACGGCAAGAAGGUUCAAAAGCAUGUCCUUACCAUCUUGUCUCGCCUUGAAGUAGUCAACAGUAUUGUUGACAUGCUUUCCAUUGAUUUUCAUGCUUUGGAACAAGAUGUGAAAAAAGAACAGCAGCUCAGGUCUAAACUUGGCAGUAACUUGACGGAGAGUGUAUUAGUCUCUCAGCUGACUCGUGGGAUAGCUCUUGGAUUUGAAAAGAGUGAGAGUGACCCGGCCCAACGCAUCAGGCUCCUGCUCAGUGAACUUCUCUUUGUCUCCUCUGAGUUGAAGGAUCAGAGAGCUGGUAACUACCAGAAACAGUCAGACUUGUUUGAGUGCCCUGUGUAUCUGGAUGAAAUCUUGGAUGCACUUUGCAUCGCCAUGGCAGAGUUGCCCAACUUGCUGAACAUAAUGGACAUCUCCGAGACGCUACUAUGUGUGGAGAAUGGCCCAAGACUUAUCUGUCAACUGGUAGCGAACAAUCCUGAAUCUUUUCUUGAAGUGUGCAAUAGCCUCGUGUCUCGUGGGGAAAAACAGGAAGAAGAGUCGAUUGGUGGUCAUCGAAGGAUGGAGCUGCUCCUGAUGUUGUGUCGCAUGAACCCCACAGCUGCCCUCACAGUCCGAAACUUUUGUGUGGAGCACUGCACCAUGCCAGGUUUUGCUGUAGCUGUGACCAUCCAACUGUCUCAGCCUCUUGCAACGGAUGGCCAUCAGACAGGAAGUGACAUUGUUCCUUUUAUCACAAGUCUUCUGCUGGGCAGUGAUGUGGGAGUGCGCAACUGGAUUUCUGGUUUUGUCAAGGCUGGACAAAAGAGGAGAACAGACGCUGGCCCGUGUAUGCUGAUGUCGCUGAGAGAACACCUGUUGAAGGAAGUGGUCCGUCUGACCCCUGGCUUGGACCAGGUGAUGGAGGAGAGCAAUACGGUGAUCGCCAGCGCCAUUGUCAGGCUCUACUGCGCUCUCAAGGGAAUUGCCGCCAUGAAGUAUAGUGAUGAGGAGAUGUUGAGCCUUCUGAGACUGGUCACCUCCCACCCCCCACAGUGCCAGGCUGGGGCACACUUCAUCUCUCUGGGCAUCUGCACACUCAUAGCAAGCCCGGGCCUGCUCAGGGGACUGGAGGAGGAACAGCUUGUUGUCAACUGGCUACGCUGGCUCAUGUCCUCAGAGACACAUUUUGACAGAUAUUCUGACCGGACAGACAGUCCAGGAGAGAUGCUCUUCCUCCUGGCUCUCAACUUUCACAACCGUCAAAUGCAAGCUAUCAUGGACCUGGUCUGCAACACUCUUGGCAUGAAGAUAUCAGUGAAGACGGGUACAUCAGUGAAAUUUCAUCAGAUUUUCACUAUGGAACUCUUUACAGAGCAGGUGGUAGCUGCCCACGCUGUGAAGAUUCCAGUAACGCCCAAUCUGGAUGCCCGGGCCUCAGGCUACCUGCCAGUCCACAGCAUCCUGCAGCUGCUUAAGAGCAGGGUCUUCUCCAAGCACAAGGUGUCGGUCAAGAAAUGGGUGAUUCGUCAGAUCAGCAGCAGUGUCUUCCCCUUGCACCCGCUCCUCCCGCAGCUCAUCGAGUCCUACGUCAACUCCAUCAUUCCCAAGACAAACAAACCAGAACACACGAACGAACCCAUCCUGGAGGAGGAAAUUCUCGCCCUGUUCCACUCGGACAAGAAGUUGAAAGCGGGCAGGAAGAGAAAGUCGCGGGUUGAGGAGUCGGAGGAUGCAGACUCACAGGGGAAGCUACUGUGUCCCCAGCUUCUUAUUUUGUAUUAUCUUCUCUUGUAUGAGGAUCUCUACCACACCCAUAAGAAAUUGAUAGAUGUGACCAAACUGUCCCUGUACAGCGACACGGUCAUGUCCCAGAUCCCCAUCAGCUACCUGGUGCAGGAGGCGCUCAAGCAGAGGAACAACUGCCAGAACCUUUUCCCACCCAUGAUCAGACUUUUGAGCAUCCACUUCCCACACCUUUGUCUGGUGGAGGACUGGCUGGAUGCCCACGUUGGGCUCAUGACCUCAGACUCGGCCUCUGCCCAGAGGAAAUCUGGGAAGACGAAAGUAACAGUGAGAGCUGAUGAUGUCAAGCAAGCAUUUUCCCGAGCUCAGAGUCACCCUGCCGAGGCUAUUAGGCUGCUAGAGGAACUCUCCUCACAAGCCAACCUGGCGUCUCUACAGGAGUGCCAGGACGCGGUGCUUGCAGGUAUCCCAGCCAUGCUACGGCCAGGUACUCCACGCCGACUGGUAGAUCUGGUCAAAGCCACGUGGUUCCGGCUACAUGCUCUCACACCAAGAAAACUUCGACUGAGCACGGUGAACGUUCUGCAGCCCGAGGGUCGCCCGGAGCCUCUGACGGAGCAGGACCUUGUGGUGGACCCGCUGGUGGUGCUGCGCUGUGACGAGAGGGUAUUCAGAUGCCCCCCAGUGUUAGAGAUUGUGCUGCGCAUCCUGGCUGCCUACAUGCAAGCCUGUCGCGUGUACCUCAACUCACACAUGCUAGAUGCAGCAGUCACCGACAAAGAGAAGGAUCGGCAGGAGCUAAAAAUAGCCUUACUGGCAGCACAAGACAGUGCCAUUGUUCAGAUUCUUCUAGAAGUGUGUUUGCCUCUCGGGUCGGAAAUGGGCAAAGAACACACGGAGCUGUGCGACCUCCGCGAGGUGCGAUGCCUGGUCUUCUCACACAUCCACCAGGUGUUCAUCGCAGACCCCAACCUGGCCAAGCUGGUGCACUUCCAGGGCUACCCGAGUGAGCUGAUCCCCCUGGUGGUGGCUGGAGUCCCCUCCAUGCACAUCUGUCUGGACUUUAUCCCGGAGCUCUUGGGACAACCGCAGCGCAACAAACAGGUGUUUGGAGUCCAGUUGCUGGCCCAGCUAUGCCGCCAGUACCACCUGCCCAAGUCCAUGAACAUCGCCAAACUGGGCAUCGACAUCAUGUUCACUCUGCUCUCGGUGCUGGAGAAGAGUGAGUGGGUGUCGUUCUUUCGUCAAACUGUGCCGAGUCUUCUCCCGAUAUGCGAAGCAUUCCCUCCCCUUUGCGACGAGUCGACGUCGCUGCUGUCUCAGAUUGGCCGCGUCUGCUAUGCCCACAUGACUGUGGUAGGGAAUGCAGCCAAGACAAAUUCCAGUAGGAGCCUGGAGGUAUCCAAACUGGGCAGCCCUGUGUCACCAUCGGCUGAGUACGAGGGCCUGUACUCCACGGUACAGCAGACAUUUACACAGAUCUGUGAGAAGGCCGUGGUGCUGGGGAAGGUCUACUGAUGAAGCAGCACAAACCAGAAGUUCUACAAGUGUACUUAUAACAUCCUAGCAGGUCUUUCUCGAUAUAUACUUGCGCGGGGAAAGUCAUGGCGCAGGGAAUAUUUGGUUGACUGUAUGACCACUGUUUUUUUAAUAGAGCAAAGAACAUUUGCUGGAAUCUGUGAUUACGAAAAAGCUGGUGCGUGGAUAGUUUGCUAAAUGUACAAUUCUCGGAGCUUUACAAUCCAUAUAUUGUGUCCCGCCAAGAAAGGUUGGUUGAAUGUUGGACUCUCAGUUCGUGGGUGGUUGGCGGGUGCUAUGAUGUGGUUUGCUCCUUCUUUCCUAUCAAACAUCUAUCGUCCUCAUCUCU